CGUAAUACUGGUACCUACCUACCUACCUACCUACCUAGUAGGUACACAUUCCUGUAUGUAGCCUCUUCUCAAGAUCUCGUAACACAUAGUUGUACCACACACAUUUUGCAGUUAGCAAACUGAGAGCCCUCAAUCUUCAUAACCGAAAGUCUUCAGAUAUGGAGGCGAUUUUAGGAGCCCUCAAACCCUACCUGCCUCCAGGGCCUGGAUAUUUGCCCUAUUAUAUGUUUGGGCUCUCAGUCAUCUCCGUCGGCAAUUCAUUGCAAAAUUAUCUCACUUUGCAUUACUCCCGCCGCCUUUAUAAUGGGCAAUUUGUGCCGAAUGCCUCUCUGCCGCCCAAGUCUGCCCGCUUCGACCCGGAUGAUUCAAUUGAUAAAGUAACCCCCGCUUCGACCACGAACACUAAAGACGGUCGCACCACCGACCAGGUCACACCUCUAGCUGCAAGAUUAUUCGGUACCUAUACAUUCCUAGCUGCCGUUGUCCGCAUCUAUGCAAGCUACAACCUCCAUCUCGCACCUGUAUACCAAAUGGCUAUCUGGACUUACGUUGUCGCCCUCUUCCACUUCGCGUCCGAAUGGGCUGUAUAUCGCUCGGCAUAUCUGGGCCCUCCCAUUUUGUUUCCUUUCUUCUUCGCAACUGUUGGUAUUACUUGGAUGGUUUCUCAGUACGGCUUCUACGUGCAGAUGUAGUGUGGAAGUUCAGGAAUGUGGAGACGGACAUGUCUAAGCAGACUGGGAGGGUGUGGGAUGUAAAC